ACUGCGGGGCGCCUGUGUGUUUUUCCACAGAAGGUGGCCCGCCAUAUUGGUUUGGUAUCGCCCUUAUGUGGAUGAGAAACGGUGCCAGCACAUAAGGUUCUGGGUCUCGCGGAUCUUUGGCGUGUGUGCGGUCACCAGGUGGUGGAGAUCAAGUGAAAGUGCAUCGAGGCGGGCCUGUGCAGGGCCAGGACGGACGGUGAGGCACUGCUGCUCGGCUCUGGUGUGAUUCCGUGGCGGGGGCCGAGAGAGGGAAUUUGGGUCACCAGCUCCAGUGCGUGAAAAGUCCGCGUGAGCGUGUGCGUGAGCAGCUUCCUGUGUUCCCGCGCGCGCUCUCAGCUGGCGCGAGGCGGUCCGUGAGUGCCUGCCACCCGUGAGCGCGCCCCCUUCGGCCGGACAGCAUGCAGGGGGGCCCGUGAGCGCAGCUCGGCGGGGAGAACAGGGGCGCCGAUCGCGAGGCAGCCGGCGGCGGUGAGGGCAUGGCGUUUGGGGUCCGUCACUGGCAGGCGACAGAGACGCCAAUUGGGGAAAGACUGGAUCUGUAAAAGGAGUUCCUACCUCGGUGACUAACUUCUUUUCAUGUCCUGCAGCGUUUCGGAGCUGCCAGUGGGGUGUCGACUCCGUGGCAUGGGCUCUGCAGCAACACAAGGAGGAGGAGCUCCGCUUAAUUCCACUCUGAGUGGGCCCCAGGAGGCGCCAAGUGUGGGUCCAUUGCGGCGACAACCGUCACAGAAACCGUGCUGCUUCUGCUGGUGCUGCUGCUGUUCCUGCUCCUGGGCCAAAUGUUUGGCAAUUAAAAAUGCCGAAGACAAUGGACCCACGAAGAAAGAUCCAGCCGGUUCAGAUCUUCUAUGUGAUGGUGAACAGCCAACCCUCGAGGAAAUAAGAAGUUGGGGUAAAAGCUUUGAUAAAUUAAUGAGGAGUCCCGGUGGGCGAAAGGUGUUUCGUGAUUUCCUCCGAUGUGAAUAUAGCGAAGAAAAUAUCCUCUUCUGGCUCGCAUGCGAAGAGUUGAAGAAGGAAACAAAUCCAGAAGCCAUCGAAGAAAAGGCUAGAUUCAUAUAUGAAGACUAUAUUUCAAUUUUGUCUCCAAAAGAGGUGUCUUUAGAUUCUCGAGUACGUGAAAUAGUUAAUAGGAAUAUGGUGGAACCCACGCCUCACACUUUCGAUGAAGCUCAACUGCAAAUCUACACUUUAAUGCACCGAGACUCGUAUCCCAGAUUUAUAAAUUCACCCUUGUUUAAAACAUUAGCACAACUUCCCGAAGGUGUUUCAGCGUCAGGUUCACAGACCGAAAGUCCCACUUAAGACGCCGUGAGAGGCUUAAGAGAUGAGAAACCAAAGUAAGAGAGUUUCCUUAAACAUGGUAGGGAGUUAAUAAAUAAAUGAUAGUGGUUAUAGUAAUAAAGUAAAAAAAAAAUAAUACUUGAUGAAAAAAAAUGCAAGAGAGGACAAAAAAGAGAAAAACAUUGAAUUUCUGCGCAUAAUUUCUUUCUUUUCUGUUUUUUUUUAUUCAAUCUAAUUUUAUGACGACGAAACUUACUUUGCCGCAUUUUGCGUUGAAUCUUUUGCUGUAAACCAGAAAUCUAUUUGCAUUUUUGCAAGAGUGUCUCGCAAAAAAGGACACUCUUGAGCUGUCGCAAGGAAGGAAAAAGAAAGAAAAAAAAAACUAAUAUGCAUUUACACACUUUUAUCGAGUAUAUAAAAUUUAAAAGCAAAUAAUGAAACAAUGACUUUUUAUAUUAGUAUUUUAACGAUUACACAUGUGUAUAAACCAUUAUUUUAGUGAUACAUUUAGUAAUGUUGACGUGGCGACGUUUUGAUGGUUGACGAAUGCGGAGUGGACGAAGAAUGCAACAGAAUAGAAUUAUAUUGAUCAGCGGGACAGGAAGUGGAAUUAACAGAAUAAAAACAGGGAAAUUGGUGGAUGAAAUUCCAUGGCAAAACCAUGGAAAAUUGUGCCACAAAUUUCAUUCUCGUUACUUGAAAAUAAAGAAGAAAAAAAAACCAGUUAAGAGCAAUAAUGAGUAAUUAAAAGGUGGCGAAAUACAGAAAACACAUACAAAUUUUAACCGGAGAUGCUUAAUGAACACAAAUCUAAACAGUCUACACCGCAUUGGGGGCGGGAAAAUGGCCCCGAAAAACACACUAAAAACUUUAUAUAUAGUUUAAAAAGUUUUAUCAAGACACUGGAAAAAAUAGAGUAUGAAUUUGAUUCAUCUGUUAUUCGAACACUUUAGACGUGAGAAGAGAUUUUUUUGAGAAAGUGACUUUCAUUUGGCAAAUACUUGAGGAUUUUCCUUUACAGACUUUAUCCGUAUUUGUCAUUUUCAUGCUCCGUAUUUUUUCCAGUGCACAACAAGAGAAAUGCACAAAAUAUUCUACUGUUAUAGUAAACGUUAGAUGAACAAAUAAAAAAAAGAGAGAAAUGAAGAAAAAGAGAAACUAUUUAAUAUUUUAGUUAGUCGACCGAGUUUUUAUAAAGCUUAUGACUCUUUAAAAGUUUAAAAACUUACCAUACACUAAGUUCAAUAUAUAAUAAAUUUAAUAAUUUUUAUACUGAAAUCAUGUGGUAAAAAAAAAAUAUAGAGGGGAAGAGAGAGGAUGAAAAAUAUUGAAGGUGGAUAGGAAGAGAACACUUUAAACUGUUAAGCUUUGUUUUUACACAGAAAAUAUGAAGAAUUAUAAAAGAAACGAUAAAUGGUGAGGACAGAAUAUAAAGAAGAAGAAGAAAUAGUAUAAAUAAAAUAAAGAAAAUGAAAGGAAAAAUACAACGUACUCGAGUUAAGUAAGGGAAAAAUGCAACGUUAUUUAAAAAGAAGUAAAUAUUUUUAAAAGGGCCUAUAAAAUUGAAGAAAAAAAAAAAACACUUCAGAGAAAAAAAUCGAAUAAAAAUGAUAAUAACCAAUUGGGUCUACAAUUUAAAGAAAACCAAAUAUUUAUUGAACGAAAGGCAAUCGCGUUAAUCUCUUUCAAAGGUAUAAAAGAAAAAAAUUCUUUCCUCUGUUUUACCGUUCAUUUUUCACCCAGAAAUACUUUGUAUAACUAAUAUAGUGUGAAGUUGUGAAAGGGGAGGGAGUUUAAUUAGAAAUUAUCAUGUGACGACCUCGUAAAAGGACUUAGUCAGUGACCAGUGUAAUGUAUUACUAGAUUUGUGACCGUAGGUUUUUGGGCGGAUGAAAACCAUGGGAGAAAAGGUGAAAAGAAUUCCAUUGAAUAGAGUCGAAAUUUGCUAAUUUUCCUCAUUGUUCGCCCGCUUGUCGCAAAUACAGUGCGCGUCACAAUUGUAUCGAAAAAGGGGUUUUGCAAGGACAGCAGAGGCUAGAAGGACUAGACAGAUUUUGGGAGCAACUGGGAGGGUUUCUGAGCCAGAAACCAGUGAUCGCGUAGGACCUUAAGAAGCUGAACGUGCAAAAAGAUGGACGAAGAAGAGAGAAUUCCUCGCAAGAAAUCAGUUUGAAAGCGUUAUUAUCAGUGUUAUCAAAGUAUCAAGCAUGAACGAAGUUAGACUAGAAUUAAGUUAUGAUCUGCAAUAUUCUGGGAUUCGGAAGAUCACAAUCGCCAAGUCAAUUGUGACGCGCACUUUGUAUUGAGAAGAAGAAAAGUAUGCAUUUAUUUACAACCUUAAAAAAAAACCUCUUUCGGUAUUUUAAUUAAUCUUACAUUCGCCAUUAACUCAUUUUUAUCUAGUCACUAACCUUCUUUAAAAGUAAAAAAUCCACAGCAAAGAUCAUCCAGAUAGCGAGAAAGAUUUAGUGAAAAGUGGUGAAUAGAUAAAUUUUAGACAAUUUCCAACCCCUUUUUCCUUGAGGCAUAAAACCUAUAAAAGAAAAAGAAGAAGAAAAAAGCAAGAAGAAUUAGAGUGAGAGUAAAAAUGAUGAAAAAUAAUCCAAAAAAAAUGAAAUGAAACGUAUUAUUAAAUUGAGAGAAAGGUGAAGGAAUAUAAAGAAAAAAAUGCACCAAAAAUUAAAUUUAAACUUAUAUUGUAAAAGUCUUUAAGAGGUGGUGAAGGUGGAAAAGGUGGAGUAACACAGUUUUAAAUAAUGACAUAGAAAGAAAACAAGUAUUUAAAAUACGCACUAAACCAAAAUACACUAAAAAAAAAAGAAGAAAGAAUCAUUAAACAAUUGGGUAUUCACUGGCACAGUGAAUGUCUUUCUAGAGUGGGAAAGAAGUCACUGGCUGAAUGAUGAUUGUUUGGCGAGAAAUUAACCCCAGAAGAAUCGCCGAAGAUGCGAUGCAAAUUCAAUUCGAAAUGAAUUUCUUCCGCAUCUUUCGUUCAUUCUCGCUGGCGUUAAGUGACGUGGAAGAUGAGCAACAUCAAGGAAUCAGAAGGGAUCAGAAGAAGGAUAGAAACACACUUUAGGAGUAUAAGAAUUAAAAAAAAAAAUGAUGGAAAAAACAUGAAAUAAUGAGAGAAAUAAAGGUAAAAAAAACCGUUGUAUAAUUAAAUGUGACGUGUGAAUAUAAUUAAAAUGUGUAAAAUAAUUAAAAACAAAUUCGGAUAAAGAUAACUCUUUGGGUUACACUUUCCUUCUGUCGAUUUUAUCAUUUCCUUCGGGCAUCACGACAACUCUCCUCGCUUCGAACACACACCAAAAGAGCCACACAAAACACACAAAUUCACAAAGUUCAACAUGGUCCAGUCUAAGUGUAAAAGUCGCAAAGUAUAAAUGCAAAGAUAGUUUUGUGAAAUUCUCAAGUGCACAAGAAGCACAAAAAAAGUUAUAAUUUAGUGCAGGAAAAAUGUAAGAGUAAAAAUCCCACCUUGUAAAAGCGCAUUAAAAGUAUUUGCAAUGUGUAUAAAAAUAAUGAAAAAAAAAUAGCCAAUGUAGAAACCAAAAUCAUGAAAUCAGUACCAAAAAAAAAACACUAUAGAAGAAUAAUUGAAACCCAGAAUAAGUUUCAGCGAAACAGGAAUGGAAAAUUUUCACAAUAAACCGUCUCAUUAAUUUUCUAAGAAAAAAA